AUGAAACUGAAGCUUUCACUUCGUGGUAUAGAGAAGAGUUUGGUAAUUAGGCUGCCCAGGCAAAUCUUAGAGGAAGCAGCGCCUUCUAAGGUUAGCCUGAAUAAAAUAAUUGAAGAUAAAAUGCAGUUUUUUCUUAAUGCAAUAUACGCCAUAUGCAUAGACGACAUAAAAGAGCAAGAGAAGAGAAGAAAGCUCAUACGGCUGUAUACCAAGGAGAUGAACGAACUAAUAAAAAUACUAACACUAAUACUAUCCUCUAAGCACGGAGCAAAGAUAGACUAUCUUGAGAGGAAGGUGCUGAAGCUGCAAAAGUACAACAAAGAGCAGGAGGAGCUGGCAGAUCUCCUGGUGUACAAAUGCAACGACUUGAAGCUGGAGGUCCCUUCAUCGUACGACAUUUCCCGGGCUGUGGACGUGCUGCUCCAAGGAGAGGUGAACUUUCCAGCGGAGGUUCUGCGGCUAUCAAAGGCGCUGACGAAGGAAGAUGCCCAGCCAACGGAGUUCCAGAGGGUGGACCAGCUUCUCGGCCUGCACAUACAGCGGUCUGGGAUCUGGAGAAACAAGCAUGUUUCGUACACAGUGAACAGAGGCGUUGUGGAGCUGGAGUCGUACGGGUUCAAAAGCACGCUUACCAUGGAGAGUGGGCGCUCUCAGGAGUGGCGAAUCCUGAGCGUGAAGGACAUGGAGGGAGACAUGAAAAAUGUUUCUAUGAAGGGGAUUACGCUUAAAAACCCUCUGAUGGACUUGGUGAACAUGACAAAGUAUGCGCACAUUGUGCUGCAGAUAGAGGAGGUAUACAAGCUGUUCAAGAGGAAGAUAGAGAGCAAGAUAUUCGACAUGGAGAUAUCAGGCACCUCCAAGGAGUUUACCGUUGAUGUUUUGGGGGCGUACAAGGCACAGUUUGGGAUAUCCAGCAACUGGGAUGGGCCAAUUCUUACAUGCCACUUAAAGCACGGCGCGACCUCUGUGCUGUUUAAGGAGAAUGUCUUGGAGAAUCUGUUUGCACAUAUAGAUGCAUGCCUGAAAAAUGAGUACACCGAGAAUGCGUCUAUAUCGAUAGAAAAGGGGGUUUUGUACAAAGAAAAGGUGCUCUUCACGAUGAGAGAGCUCCACAAAGAGGCUUCCCAGGAUAGAACUGCCAGGCUUAUUGCGGCCCCCGGCGUUGUGAUGCAGGAGCGGGUAAACAUUAUGUGCGAGGGCGAUGUGAUCAACGUGAACGCAGUGAUUCGCAUGGACGGAAACAUGUUUUUGGGGGUCAUGUGGAACGCCCAAAAGACGUCGGUGCGGCUGUUCUACGGAGUCUUCCAGAUGUGCAGCAUCCUAGUAGGAAAUGAAAUUUCUAUUUCGCCGUUUUUUGCAGAGGGCGGAGCGCCCAGCCCAGGCGCAGAGGGGGCGAGAAAGAGCUCGCCAAAAAAAGACACCAGCGAAGAGACAAGUCCUGUUGCUAGCAAAAGGGGGAAAAGUCCGUUUGUUCUCAUAGAGACAACCCACACCCCAGAGCAGCUGAUCCAGGUGAUUCUGCAGAAGCCCAUACCCAUUCUCACGCUAAUAUCCUCGUACAGCAGCAUAAAAGAUAUCACCGGGGUGCGGGGCAAAUUGCACAUUUCCGACGAAAUUGAGAUGGUGCUGUUCGAUUCUGUGCUUAUACACCUGGGAGACAGCAAGAAUCACAGAAUCCACUGCCGGGUUAUAUCUAGGCAGAUCCACUUAGAAGGCGAUAUGCUUCCGCAAGAGAUACAGAAAGUUGUGUGGCUAUCUGUUAUGUGCAUAGGCGCAGCAUCAAGCGCACACAUAUUCCUGCCGGAGUUUCAUAGAAAGGUGCAGGUUUCUGGGAAAAUGUGCAACAUACAGCAGAGCAGCGAAGAGAUCGCGCUUUCUAAGGGGCUGAUAGAGAUCUCCCUUUCCUUCAGAAAUGGGCAGAUUUUCUGCACUUCUGCACAUCCUCUGGUCUCUGUUUGGGCGAUGUCUAUUAUUAACGCAAAAAGCAGACGGGGGCUGUGCUAUUUGUUUUUCUGCCAGGACGUGCUUGUGCAUCCUGGGCUGGUCAGCACAUUGCACAUACACAACACGCUGGGGGGCUCGCUCGACAAAACAUGCGGCACGUCUAUUGUGUAUAUGCUGAAAGAAAACCUGGAAGUGCGCUGGGAGAAGCCUUCAAAAAAAAUAGCCGACGCAUUGCAGAGCAUACCCAAAAUAAAAGAAGACGCCGCGCACGCGGUGAUGGCGCUGGAACAUCUUCCUGCCUUUCUUAAAAUUGUCUCCAAGCUGUUCUCUGAGGAGAGAGUGGCAAAAAUGGGAAACGUUGUGAAAAUACAAGGCCCGGCUGGCUGCUCAGUGUAUAGAAUAGAGGCGCGGGGUGAUGGUCUUGUUUCUUCGCACGUGGAAGGGGCGCACAUUAAAGAAGCCAGAGUAAUAUUAGAACGGGGGCCAGAUCCUUACCGAUUGCUUCUAGAACAGAAUUUGCAUGUUUUUCCAGAAUAA